CAGAAUGAAAGAGAAUCAAUAAGGGAGUUCACCAAUAGGUAUGAAGCCAAUGCUGAAGCCGUAAAAACCCAACUUAGGAAUGAUGAGAAGCAUGACUGGUAUCUUCGAGGUUUAAAGAAACCGUAUAGAACAAAGGUUGAAAUUGCUGCCCUAAAAAUUAUAAGCAAAGAAAAAGAUGUUAAAGAUAGAGGAACUGCAGCAUUGAGUACUAACCGUGUGGAACAGGAAGAAAAAUUAAAUCAAAACGAUAUUGAAAACAUGAUUCAACAUGCAGUGAUCAAGACUAUAAAAGAUCUGAAUUGUAAACAAACCCAGCAGAAAGCUAGCAAGCCUCGUAUAUAUUAUUUGUAUAAGCAAGAAGGCCAUAUUAAAGGCUUCACAAUUGGUGUUGAAUAUUUGAAGAUAAAAUUAUUAAAUGAAGAUGAAUGUGGUGAUAUAAGGGCAUUUGGCAAAAGAAAGAGGAACAAUUAUAAUGUAGCAGUGUUCAUACCAUCCAGAAAAAAAGAAAAGGUCAAUGAAAACAAACGAAAAGGUCAACAAGUAAAAUCACGUGAAAACAUGAUAUAUAUACUAUUCACUGAGCUUGCCGAUGAACUUGACCUGUUGAAAAGGCUGUCCGUCAAGAUAAAUGGAGAUACAGUGAAAGCCCCGAUUGAUCCUGGUUCUUGCAUCAAUCUCAUGUUAAAAAGAUAUGCAGUAAAAAGAGGGGUCAGUCAAUUCAUGGAUUACAUACCUGACAUUGAAGUCAAUAUGGAAGGUCUUAUAAAUGCGAGAGCACAAUGCUUCUUGAGUUUUAAGGGAACUGAGUAUUGGUACACUAUCUCUUCCUCUACAAGAUCCACUUCCUUUGUAGUGUCUACUGUGUCAAGAAGUUGGGUGAAUGAGGUAUUAAUUGACGAUUAUAUAGACGAAGUUGAUAGUAACGAUGAUGGUGACUUCGAUGAUAUAGAUGACAUUAUAACGUUACUGAGAUAUAACGAUGAAAAGAACAAUAGGCUAAUUGAAAGAAAGGAUAUUUUUGUUGUAUCAAGAUUGAUGAUGGAAAAUAGUGCGUUGAUCAAUCUAGAACCCAAGGUUCGAAAUGAACUGAUAAGAAGCAUUGUAAUUAACCAGUUAGUGAGUAAAGUACCGGAGGUCUUCGCCUACAAAUUGAAAGACAUUGGCAAAACAAACCUGGUAGAAUAUGAAGUUAGAACUAGUGACACAGUUAUACUAUCAAUAAGGCUGCAACAGAUUAGAAUAAACAAUCCUAAAAUGAGAAAAGUGUUUGAGGACUAUUUGAAGCAGAUGAUCGAAUGUGGACUGUUGGAAAAGGGAUCAGAUGAAUACGCCUACCACUGCUUUUUCGUACAAAAGAAAGAAAGAAGAACUGACAAAAUAAGGGCCAUGAAUGCAAGCGAGACCUUUCAAAGGUUAAUAGGUAGGUUACUGGAUGGUAAAAAAUGGAAGAAUGUCACAGUGGCGUACCAAGACAAUAUCAGUAUAUGGACAAAUAGAAGCAUGGAGAAAUAUUUAAAGACAUUCAUUGAGUUAGCUAAGGGUUUGAUUUUUGCUGCGAAAAAGUGUUUUAUCUUGUAUAAUGAGCUCAAAAUGUAUGGCUAUGUGGUUAGUAAGGAUGAACCUGAAGAAAAUGAUGUGUUCGAGUUGCUAAAGCAAAAAUUGAGUGAGGAAGUCAUUCUGAAAGCAUCUGAUUGGCAAGUUGCCAAGGAUGGUCAAAAGCUGUAUCAUAUGUAUACUGACGUUUGUGAUACUUCUGUGAGAGUAGUUCUUGAGCAAGAAGAUGAUAAAGGACGUUUGAAGCCUACCGACAAUGACUUCGUUGAAGGGUUGUUGUAUUAUGUGGGCUUGGAAAAUCAAAAAAUUAAUGAUUUGUUUCUAGUAAAACAAUAUUUGCAACAAUUGAGUUGGAGGCCAUAUGUGGAUGCACAUGACUUACCUCGCCUGAAAAGAAAAUUGAAAUGUUACUGCUUAAUCAGAGAAAAUUUGUACCUACGAUCGAAGAAAAGAGCCCCGCCAAGGCAUGUUGUGUUAGAAGACCAUGACAAACAAGACAUCGUGAAGGCAAGUCAUAAAAAAUUGGCGAAUAAAGGUGGUUAUCGAGGUAUUAAUAUGACCUUGACCUUAGUUAAGAUGAAGUAUAUUUGGAGAUCAGGAAAUAUGUGCAAAGAUGUAAAAAAGAUAGUGUCGAGCUGUGAACAGUGUCAAAGGUGUGCCCCGAAAUUGCCGCCUGAACCAAUACAUGUAACUGUGACAAGUUGA